UUUAUAGCUUUGAUUAGGUUUGUUUACAGUCUGCAUGUACAUAAACAUUAGCAGUUAAAAAAGAAGUGUUUGUUGAAUUAAGAUAAGAAAGAUAUUCAUUUCUAAAUGAAGUGAAUUUCAAUUGCUUAUUUGUAUUGUUGAAACUGGAAUGCGUGUACGUUAUCACUGAGUGGGUACGGCAACUAUCUGACCUUAAAAAUGUCCGUGGCAGCUAUAGGUACCUCUGUACAGAGGGUAGGGGGAGCUAACUCAGCCUCCACAAUGCAGCAAAGAAUGAUGGACGCACGGCCGAACACCGGUCAAACUGGGGGAACAAUGUACAACAACCUAUUUCGGGGGAUGCCUGGUACCCCUCAGAAGCUUCCGGUCAGUAAAAUACCGGAUAUUGUACAGAGAAUGCAGCGUGAAACCAAAUCCAGCAGUGCGAAGAGAGGGAAAUGGUAUAAAAAUGAAACUUACAUUGAUCCCAAAACCUAUUCAUGGAAGAACUUAGCAUUAUUUAGCGACUAUCAGGCACAUAUGUGGACAGACAACGGGGGUAUUAAAACCGCCUACAAGAAAUAGCUUAAUUAUAGUGUAGAAAUAUCAUUUAGGGAUCAUUUGUACAACUUUUUUCUUUUAUUUGAAAAACAUACCUUUCUGUCUAUAACGUGAUAAGCCGAAAUAUUGUUUAUGUUGGGAGUAAAUUCUUGAAAGGA